CCUCUGCCUUCUCCGUUGACUGACGAACCACCGCCGCCAUUGAUGGGCGAGCGAGAGAGAGAUAAGAAGGAAUCGAGAUCAGCGAGGAGAGGCUACGAAGAGGGCAUCCAUGGCGGCAUCCGCGAGACCUAUCAUUGGACUGGCGUUGGCGUUGUCCAUGAUGGCCGUCGUCCCUUCUGUUCGCGCCGAGAUCCGCCAGAUGGAGGUCCGAUCUGACUCGCGAUCCAUCAUCCCCUUGGACGACUUCGGCUUCACACGGCGUGGCGGUCUCGAGCUCAAUGUCUCCGGCAUCUCCUUCUCCAGCAAAGCCGACCUCGCCCUUUCCCAGCUCGGCUUCUUCCUCUGCACCCCCGAAGCAUGGCUGCGCGUCCUCCGCCAGAUCCGCGACCUCGACAUCACCUGCGCCCUCCAGUCCAGCGACCCCGACGUCCACGUCGUCUAUGAAUUUGACCGCCUCCAUCCCCCUCCCAACCCCUCCGGCGUCCCCGUCGCCAGAUCCACCUCCUUCGGCGUCGCCGAAAACCUCACCGACCAAUCCGGCCAGUUCACUCUCCUCUUCGCCAACUGUCUCCCCAAUCUCCGCGUCUCCAUGUCCGUCCGAUCCGCCAUGUUUAACUUCCCUGAACCCUCCCGCCGCGCCUUCCUCUCUGCCGGCGCCGCGCCGCUGCCCUUCAUAUAUUCCCUCCUCUUUUUCGCCUACGCCGCCCUCGCCAUCGCUUGGGCUGCCGUCCUCUUCCGCCGCCGUGCCGCCGUCUUCGGCAUUCAUUACUUCAUGCUCGCGGUAAUCGUUCUCAAAGCCCUAAAUCUCCUCUGCGAGGCCGAGGACAAAUCCUACAUCGAGCGCACCGGAUCCGCCCACGGCUGGGACGUGCUUUUCUACAUCUUCAGCUUCCUCAAGGGGAUUUCCCUCUUCACCCUCCUUGUCCUCAUCGGCACCGGCUGGUCCUUCCUCAAACCCUACCUCCAGGACCGCGAGAAGAAGGUGCUCAUGGCGAUCAUCCCCCUCCAGGUGGUGGCCAACAUCGCCCAGGUCGCCAUCGAUGAAUCCGGCCGCUAUUCCAGCGACUGGGUCACCUGGAAGCAGGUCUUCCUCCUCGUCGACGUCGUCUGCUGCUGCGCCGUCCUUUUCCCCAUCGUCUGGUCCAUCAAGAACCUACGGGAGGCCGCCAGGACCAACGGGAAGGCCGCCGUGAACCUUAUGAAGCUCACCCUUUUCCGCCAGUACUACAUCGUCGUCAUCUGCUACAUCUACUUCACCAGGGUGGGAGUCUACGCGCUCAGCAACUUCAUCUCCUACCGUUACCUGUGGACCAGCGUCGUCGCCGGCGAGCUCGCCACGCUCGCCUUCUACGUCUUCACCGGGUAUAAGUUCAGGCCGGCGGCGCACAACCCCUACUUAACCAUCGACGACGAGGAGGAGGAGGCUGCUGCGGAGGCGCUAAAGCUCGACGAUGAUGCGUUCGAAUUGUGAUGCCGAUUCCAUUUUUGGCUCCAAUUGCUCAGAAGCUGAAAAAACAAGAGGUUAGAUUUUGUCUUCAUACUCCAUAGGAAAUUGAUAGUCGCAAUUUAAUAGUGCAAUAAAAGAAUCAUCUCUCUGUUCGUUUGGUAUAAAUUAAGAUAUCAAUCGUUUGAAAAUUCUGUGAAUUGUCUUCUAUUUGCCACUGAUUUAUCUUGUUCAUUUUCUCAAUCAUGUUGCUGGUAGAAAUUCAGCAUUCGUUCUCUUGUC